AUAUAUAUAUAUAUCGAAAAAUAAAAAAUUGUGAGACAAAAAAUGUUUACAAUAAAUAUUCAAGAAGAGCCACCAACAUGCACAGAAUCUCAGUUGGAUAUACUACUAAAAAUACACGAAGGACAGUAUAAGCUUGUAAAGAAGAACAAACGCAGUACAGUAUGGAAUGUUUACAGAGAAAUUGCUCGUAGAGACGGGACCAAGCUAAAAUGGAGAUACUAUUGCCUCGGCUGCAAAAGGGUAAUGCAAUCAACUGGCGGCACUACUUCGAACUUGCGCAUACACAAAUGCCAUGUACGCUAUCUGAAGCAACAUGGCAAAGACGCCGAUGACUCUCUGGCAUCACCCGAUGCAGAGCAAACUCGCAGCGGCCGAGUUCAUCAUAUGCCGACAUUUAUGAAGCGGGAGAGACUAAAGUUCGAUGAAGAAAGUGAUGGUGGCCAAGAGGACAUGGAUGGCGUCUAUAUUGACGUCAAGCAGCCCGCAAUAACAGAGCAUGUGGACGAGCCAAAGGAACGCAUUGAACGCCCGCUGCUAAAACUUUUCUCUGAAGAAGAAAGCUGGUCGCCUGAAAUAAUCGAAGAAGACCAUUCCACAGAACUGGAACAGGAAAUGCCAAUUAUAACAGAAGAUUUGCCUGAAGAAUAUGGAAAGGAGACAAUACGCCCAAAUUCCUCGCACACGAUGCACAUUGACGCCAGCGCUAUAUCGGAAGCUGAAUGCUAUGCACGCGCCUGGGCACAGGCGUUUCUUAAACUAAGCGAGGAUCAGAAGUUCUAUGCAAAACGCUCAAUAGAUGAGCUGCUCGUGUUAGGGCGAUUGGAAAGAUUGAAUAUUUCGACAGUGACUUCACUCACUACUAAUUUGUAACAUGUUAGCAAAUACCAAUUAUACAUAAUAUGUUAGGAAAUACUAAUCUUUCAUAUGUAUG